AUGGGCCACGGCCAUUCUUCAUCUUCUAAUGGUAGCUCACUAGUUGGAAAUCCUCAUGAGGAGAAGACAAAGGAAAAGGUAGAGAAGUUGUUCCGCCAGAACAAUCGAACUAAUCGGAGUCGAAGUUUGGAUAACCGAACACAGGAAAAACUACCGAAUCGACCGGUUGGGUCGAGCCAUUCUGCAAGAUUUCCAAAGACGAGGCAUAUUCCAGUGCCGACUCAAGGUCCCAGAAAAUCUGAAGAUGGACCAAAUGGCUCGAUUUCUGGUCUCACUAGGGACGACAAGCGAGUUAUUGAAACGUGCUGGUUCAAAUGCUCACAGAAACAACUGCGGAAAUGUUCAUGUGAUAUGUUUUGGGAUAUUUUGCACACUGAUGAGGAGAUCCUUCGACUGUUCCGUCUGGAUCAUGUGGCACCGAAUCGGUUGAAAGAGAACGACUACUUUAAAUCACAUGCAGCCAACUUGGCGUUGGUCUUAAACCUAGUCGUUACAAAUUUGCAGGACAACUUUGAACAAGCUCAGGACGCUCUUCAGGCACUCGGCUACCAACACCUCCAUUUGAUCGACCGGACUCAUUUCCAAUCGAUGUACUGGGACAUUUUUACCGACUGUUUCGAGAGAAAUCCACCUCCGUCUUUCAAAAAAGGAGCUGAACGAGAGGUGUGGAGUCGGAUGAUAUUGUUCAUAAUGGGUCAGAUGAAAACGGGUUAUCAACGUGCGAUUCAGGAGGAGAAGUGCGAAAGAUUGAGCGUUCCGAUUUUGAUGUGA